AUGCUCGGGCACCACGAUACCAAGGUGGCUCCCAACAUGGAGAACUCAUCCACCGACAAGGUCGACUACGAGAAGACCGUGUCUCUUCACGAGGAUGCCUCGCAGGAGGUAUUCGAUGAAGGUGCCACCAAGCGCCUGCUCCGCAAGAUGGAUGUCAAGCUUCUCCCCUUCUUGGCUCUUCUCUACCUUCUUUCGUUCCUCGAUCGUACCAACAUUGGCAAUGCCAAGUUGGCUGGUCUCGAAGAGUCCCUGGGCAUGACCGGCAAGUGGGAUUACAACAUCGCUGUCGCAGUCUUCUUCCCCUUCUAUGUCGCUGCCGAGAUUCCCUCCAACAUGGCCAUGAAGCGCUUCCGCCCCUCCAUCUGGAUUCCUUCCAUCAUGGUCGCCUGGGCCAUCUGCACCACCCUCAUGGGUAUCACCCACAACUUCGCAGGGUUCCUCGCCAGUCGAAUGGCUCUCGGCCUCGCUGAGGGUGGUCUCUUCCCCGGUAUCACUUACUACAUCACCCUCUGGUACAAGCGUCACGAGUGCGGUCUCCGCAUGGCCAUCUUCUUCUCCGCUGCUACUGCUGCCGGUGCUUUCGGUGGUCUUUUCGCCCGUGGUGUCAUGGAGAUGGACGGUGUUGGUGGCCUUGACGGUUGGGCUUGGAUCUUCAUCAUCGAGGGUCUCCUCACCAUGAUCUUUGCUGUCAUGGCUUUCUUCGUUAUGCACGAUUACCCCGACACCGCCAAGUUCCUCAGCGAUUCUGAGCGCAAGGAGGUUCUUCGCCGCCUCGAAGAGGAUCGUUCCGUCCUCUCUGAUGCCUUCGACAUCAAGUUCGCCAAGGAUGCUCUCAAGGACUGGAAGAUCUGGGUCCACAUGCUCAUCACCAUCGGCAUCUACACCCCUCUCUACUCCAUCUCCAUUUUCCUUCCCACCAUUGUCAAGAGUCUGGGAUACACCGCCGAGGUUGCUCAGCUCAUGACUGUCCCUCCCUACGUCGUAGCCUGUCUCUUCACUAUCGGUGGAGGUUUCGCUGCCGACAAGCACGGACAGCGUGGUCUCUACAUGAUCGGCUUCUGUGUUGUUGCCAUGAUUGGUUUCAUCAUCCUUGCCACUGUCGACUCCCACGGUGCCAAGUACUUUGGUGCUUUCCUCAUCUGCUCCGGUAUCUACCCCAACGUUCCUCAGGGUGUCGCCUGGAACGGCAACAACAUUGGUGGUUCCCUCAAGCGAGGUGUUGGUAUCGCCAUGCACGUUGGCUUUGGUAACCUGGGUGGUGCUGUCUCUGGCUUUGUCUACCGCAAGGAUGAUGCCCCCAACUACCGCAGCGGCCACUGGACUCUUGUCGGUACCACCGCCAUGAGCUGCGCUCUCAGCAUCUGCAUGACCCUUUACCUCCGCCGCGAGAACGCCCGCCGUGACCAGACUCACAAGGCUCCUCAUGAGUACACCCGCGCCGAGAAGGAGUUGGAGCAGAACUCUGGCGAUAACGCCACCUUCUUCCGAUACACCGUAUAA